CAGAAGCAGAAGGGAUAAACAAACAACCAGGCAUUUGUCCACCUUUCAUUUUAAGCAUUAACCAUCUUAUCUUUUCGCCUUGGAACUUCCCCAUAAUUACACCACAGACUAGUCUUGAUUAUCGGUUAUUUUUCUUAUUACACGAGGGUAAAUUAGGGAAAAACACUUCUGGAGCCUUUAUCCUCAUGUCCAACCAAAAUCUUUACACAAUUCCUAGUUCUUAAGAAAAAAGUGGAAAUUUUCCUUUAAAUUUAGUUUAAAACUCAUACAAAUCCUUCUACUCGACCACUGGUACUCUCCGUAAGCUACUUGCUGAAUUCGAUUAUUGAUUUUGGGCGUAGAAGAAGAUGAAGGCAUCGAUGAAGUUUCGUGAAGAGCAAAAGCCUCUUUUUAGGGCUAAAGUUCCUUUAAGCAUCUUAGGUUUACCCUUUCAAUCUGGAAUCGUCGCCGGAGAAUCCAAGGAGCUCAGUCUCAAUCUCUCCACUUUCUUCGAAUCUGGCCCUUCUCUCAAAGUCGCUUACCGUCCAAACGAUUCGUGGAAUCCUUUCUCUCUAAUCGUCAAAACCGGAUCGGGAUCGUUCGGUUCUCCGAUUUCAAGCUCUAUGCUCAUGAGCGCUGAAUUCAAUCUCCUAGGUCAAGGAAACCCUAGCUUUAUGCUCCACUUCAAACCUCAAUUCGGCGAUUUCUCUAUCAAAAAGUCUCAUUCUUCGUCUGGAUUUGAGAGGAAUUUGAUCAAAUCGAUGAAUGGAUCUGUUUCCGAAGAUGAUUCUUCGAUUGAGGUGGUGGAUACUCCAGCGGUCAAUGGAUGCGGCGGAGGAUUUAGAAAAGUCACGGUUCUGCCGUCAACUUCUGCUGGAGAUAUCGCUGGAUUGUUAUCUGGCGUUGAGGUUGCGGCGAGGACGUCUCUGCCUGUGAGAGGACGCGCCGUUUUGAAUUUCCGGUGGGGCGUUAGGGUUCCUACGGAGAUCAGACGCGAUUUCGAUCCAACGGCUGCUAUUUCGUUGAGGAGAUUCCCUUUUUUGGUGAUGAAUAAAAUAGGAAUCGAACACGUGGACGGCGCAGAUGCUAAAGUGACCAAAUCCACUGGUGAUCCGGGUAAAGUUUCGGGUCCGGCUCAGUUCACAACAAGUGGUGACGUGGCGGAGGUGAUAGAGGAGCUUCGAACGGAGAACAAGCAGUUAAAGAGAGCCGUUGAAGAUCUCCGGGAAGUAAUAUCAAACGUCCGUCCAUACUCGCCGGCGACAAUUGAUUACGGAUCACACUCGAAGUAUCGCGAAUCCGAGAGGAACAACAACAACAACAACAACAACAACAACAACAACAACGGGAGAUCGAGAGCUGAUCGGUGGAGCAGCGAGAGAACGACAACGUCUGAUUACGGUGGGAAGAAAAGCAAGGAAGAGGGCAAUGUAGCUGAGGAGCUGAAGAAAGCUUUGAAAGGAGCUGCUUGAAGCUUCUAUGGCGGCUAUUGGUAAUCGCAGGCUUUACUCGAAUUACAAUUACAUUUGUCGACCUUAAUCAGCUAUUGCUUUUGUAUAUAUAUGCGUUGAAUUAUCUGGAUUAGAUUUGCACAACUUGUUUUGAAUCUUUUGAUGGAAUCUUCAGAGUUUUGUAUGAGAUUAUGCUUUUCAAUUCUCUUUAUUGAACUUAUAUGCAGGUUGAUUGUUGAAUUGAUUUGAAUCAGUAUUCUAUUAUAGUAUCAAUCAAUCUGAAGCUUGAUGGUGAUACACUGAGCUCUAUUACCUUGAACGUAUUUUGUAUAUCUUCUUUUUAAGGCAUUGGCAAGUGUAGUUGAAUUAAAAGAACUUAUCUAUGCAUUACAAUUCGAGAAGAGUUUGGGAAGAGAUUUGCCGGUCUCUCUAAGUAGCAGCAAAACUAUAUUUGUCGAUGGCAAAAGUAAUCUAGACGAUUUAGGACAUCUCAGUAUCAUCCUCGGAAG